UUAGAACACAGGUAAACAUUUGAAUCAUACCUGUUGACAAAGGAUAGAAAAUGGCGAAGUGGGACACUCCGCUUCGAAUCGGAUUUUCGUUGAUAUCGUAUUUAACAGUAUCAGUAUUAUGCCAAACAGUAGCUAAAGAGUGCUUUUACAACGUGCUUGAUCCAGGCAACCCAAAUCCUCAACAGGGCUCGAAAUUUUGUUAUAAUGGAUGUUGCUAUCCGACUUCUAUAAAUCCAUGCUGUAAUAAAAUAGAACCAAAUGAAUCAUUGUCGGCAGGUGCCAUUGGAGGAAUCAUCAUUGGAGUUUUAAUAGCAAUAAUUAUUGUUGGUGCAGUUAUAUUCAUUUAUUUGAGGAAAUCAAAAAUGAAAGAAAAGGAGUCAGCAAAUCAUUAUAUUACACCACAACAACCUGUAGUUUCCUAUAUAGCACAAUCAGAAAUGAGUGAUACAACAGAUUACAAGCGUGAUAACAGAGGAUACGCAACAAGUUUUUCCACGCAAGCGCGUAGUAGGGAUAACAGCAUGAAUUUCCUACCACCUAUCGCCAAGCACGAUGAUGAUAGUGAUCUUGAAACAGCAAGUAAUAAAGUGUCCUAUAAAUCGGAGCCAUUUUCCACGAAAAGUGAACCUUAUAAACAGCAUAGCCAAAACUAUAAAUCAAGAAAUUACGCGGAUUCAGUUUCAAGUUUUGAUAAACAAAGUGUGACAUCAGAUUUUACAUCUGUAUCAAGAAAUGAACGUUCAGUUGACGGUCCACGAGAUCAUAGUUCAGGUGACGGACCACGAGAUCAUCGUUCGGGUGACGGUCCACGAGAUCAUCGUUCAAGAGACGGUCCACGUGAUCGUCCUCCUCGUGAACGUUCUCCACAUAAUCAAAAUACUCGUGAUCGGCGUCCGAGAGAUCAAUCUCCACGCCAAAGUAAUUCUAGGUCACAUCAUAGACCACGUGUAAAUUCAUCUUCUAGUGUGGACUCAAGGGAUCAUCGACCAAGACAUGGCCAUUCUAGACCUCACACAAGAAACAAUGCUUCAGAAUCAAGUGUGAAUUCAAGAGACCAUAGCAAAUCGGUUUCAGAAAGUGUAGUUUCUGAUCAAGGAAGCAUUGGCACAACAGUUUAGGGUUAUGACAAUUUACGCACAUACAUGUAUAUAUAAAUUCAUUACUGUGUAUUGAUAUUAUAUUUCUGUUUACUGGUUUCACCAAUUACAUGCCUUUUAAAAUCGUAUCAAGGUACCUUUAAAACAAAAGAAAGUACAAUAUUUAUUAGUAUAUAGGCAUUGCUUGUGCAUUGUAACUGUACUAUUUUUUCGCAAUAUCUUAAUCAAAGUUUUAAGUGCUAAACAUAUUAUACGGAAAUGGAUAUGCAUGUCUACUUUUUUUCUUCUCUUCUUUUUUACAAUGUUUUAUUGAAAUAAACUACCAUAUUGAAA